ACUUUAUACCGGAUUUUAUUUUCCUAUCGUCAUUAUUCUUCCUGUUGCACACUGAUUUCUGCAUUUAUUCAGGGUGAACACGAUGGAUACAAAGUUGUAUUUUAUUUGUACAUUGCUUUUUGCAUGCUGCAGUUUGAAUGUACCAAGUGUUGAAGCAGGAGAAUGUUGCAAUUCAUACGAUGAUGUACUGUUCAAUGAGCAUCCAGCACAGUACUGCCCUGAUUAUUGUUGUGGUACCCGGCUGGCAAAGCUUUUCUGCUGUAGUAAUGAAGCUUUACGAACAGGGGAAGAUAACAGAGACGACUUCUGUAUGGACUGGUUUGGAAAUCACUUCUACGUCCCAAUUAUUGUUGUUGUAUUGAUCAUUGCUUUAGUGACCUGUUGCUGUUGUGCAUGCCGCAGACGUCGCCAAGGGGUUAUAAUCCAAACACAACAACCAGCUACACUAUUGAUACACCAGCAACAAACCACUACACAGGACCCAUAUCGUGCAGGAUACAACCAGUAAUACAUCAAAACCAAAACAGUGUCGUGCACUUUUUUUUUUUAUAUAUUUUUUCUUUGCAACAGAAGCAAGCAGCAUGCGUGCUGCUUCCGUCAACGCCGUCAUUUUAUAAUUCAUUAGCUUUCUAAAGUUUGUUAUUAGUGAAUUGUUUAAAGGUAUGUAAGAAUGGUAGGUCAUAAGAAUUUUGAUGCAUGUAAAUAAGCAUAAGAAUAUCUCAUUUUGUCCCUUUUUCGAAGAAAAUCCACGUGGUUCAAAUAAGCCAGUUAUUUAAGCAUUGACACUUUUUUUUUUUAUAUAGAGAUGUUUGACCUAAUCCGCUAAAUCAUUAUUCCAUUGACAUUUUUUUUUAGAGUUAAAGUAUUUCAUUUAAUUUGUUGCAUUUGCAUUGUACUAUCGGAAAAACAUGCAGGAUAGACAUAUUUCUAUGUCAAUAGUUUAUGUAUAGAAAUACCGUUUAUAAAAAUGGCUUAUGUGUAAUACAGUGUUAAAAAGAAACUAACUGCUUGUUUAAGUAUGUAUUAAUAUAUGUUUUUGUUUUAAUUUUCACGUUUGCUUGCACCAUGUUAUCCCUUUUUUUAGUUUUAAACUCUGCUGUAGUAUUUAAGUUCAAAUUAAAGUUUUUUAAUAUA